CUCACCCCCACACACACACACACACACACACGGGGGUAGCCUAACUCUCCCCUCAGUCUGCCCGGGCGAGUUGAGGGAGUUACAUACAUUCCUUCUCCUCCUGUUCUUCUCUCCCUCCUUCCUCCAGCGCUCCACCAUGAGGGAAAUUGUGCACCUCCAGGCUGGCCAGUGUGGCAACCAGAUUGGAUCAAAGUUCUGGGAGGUGAUCAGUGACGAGCAUGGUAUUGACCCUGUUGGCCAGUUUGUGCUGGGGGACACUAACAGCCCCAUGCAGCUGGAGAGGAUCAAUGUGUACUACAACGAGGCCUCUGGGGGGCGGUACGUGCCUAGAGCCGUGUUGGUGGACCUGGAGCCCGGCACGAUGGAGGCAGUGCGUUCAGGCCCCAUUGGACGAAUAUUUAGGCCUGACAACUUCGUGUUUGGCCAGAGUGGUGCAGGGAACAACUGGGCGAAGGGGCACUAUACUGAAGGCGCCGAGUUGGUGGACGCCGUGAUGGACGUGAUGAGGAAGGAGGCUGAGAAUUGUGACUGCCUCCAGGGGUUCCAGCUCACCCACUCCCUCGGGGGCGGCACAGGGUCAGGCAUGGGCACGCUGCUUAUCUCCAAAAUACGCGAGGAGUACCCAGACAGAAUCAUGAACUCCUUCUCUGUCAUUCCCAGCCCAAAGGUUUCCGACACCGUGGUGGAACCGUACAACGCCACCCUAUCCGUGCACCAGCUGGUAGAGAACACUGACGACACCUUCUGCAUCGACAACGAAGCUCUCUAUGACAUCUGCUUCAGGACGCUUAAGCUCUCCUCGCCUUCCUACGGGGACCUGAACCAUCUUGUGUCUGUCACCAUGUCCGGCGUCACCACGUGCCUGAGGUUCCCGGGACAACUGAACGCUGACUUGCGCAAGCUGGCCGUGAACAUGGUGCCCUUCCCUCGCUUGCACUUCUUCAUGCCUGGGUUUGCGCCGCUCACCUCCAGAGGGUCACAAGACUACCGCGCCCUCACAGUACCAGAACUCACACAGCAGAUGUUUGACAGCAAGAAUAUGAUGACUGCUUGUGAUCCCCGCCACGGCCGCUACCUCACUGUGGCCGCGAUAUUCAGAGGCAAGAUGUCCAUGAAGGAGGUGGACGAGCAGAUGUUGUCUGUGCAAAACAAGAACUCCGGGUACUUCGUGGAGUGGAUCCCCAACAACGUGAAGGUGGCGGUGUGUGACAUCCCUCCCAAGGGCCUCAAGAUGUCUGCCACCUUCAUUGGUAACUCUACCUCCAUCCAGGAGAUUUUCAAGCGCAUUUCUGAGCAGUUCACGGCAAUGUUCCGGCGCAAGGCUUUCCUGCACUGGUACACGGGGGAGGGCAUGGACGAGAUGGAGUUCACGGAGGCGGAGAGCAACAUGAAUGACCUGGUGAGCGAGUACCAGCAGUACCAGGAGGCCUCUGCUGAUGAUGACGAUUAUGUGGACGAGGAGGGACUCGGGCCAGAAGAAGAGGCGGUGAUGGAAGAACAGCCACAAUAAACUCAUACGAAUUAACACACACACACACACACACACACACACACACACACGCAUUGGUUUUGUAACUCGUAAACGCCACAAAGGAUGUUCUAAUCAUUAACACGAACAGGAAAGCAACAAGUGAUAAUAGAGAAAAUGAUAAACGAAAAAUCAACAAGCAUUUUUCCUUAAGAUAAAGAUUUGAUACGAGUUUAUCAAAACGAACCAUUUUAUUUUUAAUUUAUUUGCUUUGAGUUAUAUGAAUGGUUUGUUUUACGCGUAUUUUUAUUGUUAUUAUUUAUUUAUUCAUUUAUUAUUAUUAUUAUUAUUAUUAUUAUUAUUAUUACUUUACAUUGUUUUUAUAUUCUAGUCACUAAAGUAAUUUUGUACUAAGUAAAACUCAAAGUUCCUGGUAAAUAAGGAAUGAAAAAUUGCUUUAAUAUAUUCUUAAUUAUUUAUUUUCUCCUUUUUUUUUAUUCAUUUCAAUUUUUUAUUCUUUUUUUCAAGUUUGUACAUAUUGAUAAAGAACAAAGUAAUUUCACACUGCCUUGAGAAUUAAAUGAAGUCUCUAUCGAACGCAUAAUUUUUGUUCUCCUGACUAGAAUAGUUAUUAUUUUGUUAAUUUACAAUAAAAAAAGGAGUAUCGUAUGC